AGUCUUGAAAACACCGUCCAAAGGAAUAGAAGUAAACGGGAGCACGUGCUUUGAAUGUUGAGUUGAAAAUUUGGGCUUUCAAAGCAGUUAUGUGGAGGAAAAUUAUUAAUGAAAACUGAUUGAUCGAAAUUGUGUUAGAUUGAAUCGUGGAAAUAUCGAAAAGUUGAUGUGUGGAAUUAGUGCUUCAACGGAUUUAUUAAUUGGAUUGAAGUUCUCAUCGAAUUGAAUUUUUCGAUCUAUUAUUCGGAUUAAAAUCUUCAUUAAAACAUUUUCGGGAAAUGAAAUUGAAAUUAAAUGCGUUGAGAGAUUCAAACGUCAUCGAAUAACAGCUGGUAAUCUAAGAAGACGAAGAAACAAUUGAAAAUUACAAAGCUGAUUUUGAAAGGCAAUUGAAAGCGCAUCAUGCUGCCACGGAUACUGUUUGUCUUAUUGUGGCAUUGUUUUGCGGGCAUCCAUGCAAAUAAAGUUGAUCAGAAGAUUUUAUCAAUAGAAGCUAAUUGUACAAGAGAUCUGAUGCAUGUUAAGAUCAACAUGGGUCAACCAUUCAAAGGAAUGAUUUUUGCUAAAGGAUUUAGUGAAGAAUGCGGAAGCGUUCCUGGUUUACAAAGCUUAACACUUCCACUUUCAUCAUGUGGCAUCAGAUCAACUUUCAUGUCAAAAGAUACAAUGCAAUACACAGUAAGACUGGUAGCACAAAUGGAUUCAAAACUACAACAGAAAAGUGAUGUUGAGAUUAAUGCAAAAUGCUUAGUUCCGUCAGAAAUGAUGGAUGUUAAUCUGCAAGAGAAUGAAGUGAAGCAACAGAGAAAUGGAAGAAUGAGGUUCUUAAAGGCUGCGACGAAGAUUCGAUCAUGGUUGGAGGUGGGAUCGAAAGAAGGUCAAGACUAUGCAAUUGUUGGAGAAAAUUCUACCUUAUUAGUUCGCAGCGUUUUAGCUAGAAAUGUUGGAAUGAAAGUUGUUGAUUGUGUAGCAUUUGAUGGUGUCGGCGAAUCAUCACAACGACUUUUCGAUGAAUUUGGAUGUCCCAUAGACUCACAAAUCAUGCCUGAUUUCAUUGAAACUGUUGUUGAUAUUGAAGAUGGAUGGUCUAAGAACAAUGAUGAUGAUAUUGUACAAAAAGUUUUCACAACGAAAUUUCAAGCUUUCAAAUUUCCUGAUCGUGAUAUAAUUCACUUUAAUUGUGGUGUUCAUCUGUGUAAAGGAGAAUGUCCAAAAGAAAAUUGCAAUGCAGAUCAUAAACGAAAAAUUAACAAACCUUUGGCACGAAUAGAAGUUUUUAAUAGCUUGAAAGUUUUGGCUCCACAAAUAGAGAUUGAUCGCCCUAUGGAAAAAAAUAAAUCAAGUGCUUUUACAUCAUCGCCAUCAUCUUAUCUAGGACCAGACGUGCUUUGUGUCUCUCAAUCAAAACUAGCAAUUGCCUUUUGCACUUUAGGAAUAAUAUUCUUAAUAGCUGUUAUCAUUGCUAUCUUCUGUUCUCUUCGUUAUUUAUCACAAAGAAGAAUUUAUCGGUCUCGACCAUCGUCUGAUCAUAGCGGGAGACGAAGUAUUUUUUCUGUGAGUUCAGGAACAAAUCCUUCUCAGUCAUCUCUUGAGAUCGAUACUAUGGAGAAUUUCAUAACUGUAAAACGUGAAGACGGUGAAAUAGUAAACAAUCCAGCUGAAAGAAAUAUUAUACUCCUUCGAUAUGCUGCUUUUCUGAAUGAAAAUGAGAACAAUGCUGGAAUAAACAUACAAACAAUUCAACAAAAUCAACAGCACCACCAAGCAGUCCCUAUUCAGAUUAUUGAACAUCCACAACCAACACGCAAAAGCACUAAAGCAAAUGUACAAAAUGCUCAAGGAACUAAUAUGCAGCAAACUAAUCAGAAAGUCGGAGGUCUUCAAUGCCAUCUUUGCUCUAAAGUUCUGUGCAAUAGCCAGUACUUAAGCCAACAUAUCCGAGUUGUACAUGAAAAUAUUCGAGAACACGCUUGCUCGUUUUGUGACAUGAAAUUUGGUAGUAAAAGCCACCUGAUUAUUCACGAACGUAAACAUACAGGGGAACGUCCUUAUGUUUGCGAUGGCAAAGACACAACAAUCCAAAUGGUGGAAUAUUACAGAAUAUUGGAAGUAAGCAAAACGGCAACAGAUGCUGAAAUAAAGAAAGCAUACAAAAAAUUAGCUCUUAAAUGGCACCCUGAUAAGAAUCCUGAUAACUUGGAUGAAGCCAACAGAAAAUUUCGUGAGAUCUCUGAAGCAUAUGAAGUGCUAAGUGAUGCAAAGAAACGAAAAAUCUACGAUGAUGUAAGAAGCGGUCGCUAUGAAUCAACGAAGACUUCGUCCCGCUCCCAUUAUCAGCCGUCUUCACGCGAUUACUCUUCAAGUUAUGAUCGAUAUGAUGGACCGCGCUAUAACAGUUCACGUUACAGUGAUUAUAGCUCGAAGAAAAAGCGUCGUAUUUAUGAUCAGUAUGGAAAAGAAGGGCUGUUAGGACAUAAUGAAGGAAGUCAUGGUAAUCACCAUCGUCGAAGACAUCACGAUCCAUUUGAGAGUGACUUCAUCUUUGGCGGAUUCCCGUUCGUAUUCCGUGAUCCAGAAGAAGUUUUUAGAGAAUUCUUUGGUGGAAGUCCUUUCGAUGAUAUUUUCAAUCAAGGACAUAGCCGACGACAUCAUCAUCAGAAUGGAAAUGCUGGCGGCAGUCGACAUCCACAUCAUCGUUCGUCGCACCCGCAAAAUGUCAUGUCACCCUUCUUGAGUUUCUCACUGAUGGACGAUAUGUUCUCACCACAUGGUUUUGGUGGAUUGAGUGCUAUGAACGGUGGCUUCACAUCUCUUUCAACAUUCAGUAAUGGUUCGCACAGUGGCGGUGGAGGUGGAAAUGUCAAACGAAUCAGCACAUCAACUAGCUUCGUCAAUGGAAAAAAAGUUGUGACGAAAAAAGUCUAUGAAAAUGGAGUUGAAACAGUCAUGUCAUAUGAAAAUGAUAUUCUAAAAUCAAAGACAGUAAAUGGAGUACCACAAGCCAUCUCCUACAAUCAUUAAACUUCAUUUUAUCUUUCUUACAUCACCUUGAAGAAGCCAUCACAAAAAAAGAGAAAACAAAAUCAAACGAAAACCUCGCGCGUAAUUUGGAAAAACUUUAACUUGUCGCUUUAUUAUUUUUGCUUCCAUUAGAUCGACUCUUGUGAAAUUCAAGCAGUCUGACUUACUUUAAAUAACAAAAGCAUUAAUCUUUAUUUUCAUAUAUUCAUCAAUUUAUUUCUCAUUCAAUAUAAUUUUUUAUUAGCCAAAAACUUUUUUUUUCUCUCAUGUUGUUGAAGUUUUUUUUCCAAAAUAUGAAAGAAAAUCGCGUGAAUUAAAAUAAAUAAAAAGAAAAAGGUAAGAAGGAAAGUAAGGAACCAGAAGGAAAAACACUACCUACACAUAUUAAUUAAUUAAUAUUAUUGAUGAAAUGAAUUAAACUAGUGAAUAAUUAAAUAAUUAAAAGUUUAAAUGCUUAAAAGCUUAGCGUGGCAAUCGCGAGCUAUGCGGAAAUAAUUCAAAAUUUAUUUUUUUCUUUUUCUUGCACCAUUUUUUGUAUUUUUUUUUUAAUUUUUCAAUAAGUAAAAUGUCUAAGGGAUUGUUCAGCAAUGACGACGAGUGGAAUGUGAACUGAUAUUUCGUAAUAGAAGUCUGCUUAUUGCCAAUUCUUUUUUAUAACUUAAUAAAAAUAUUAAUAAUAAUUUUGUUCAUUAAUUUGUUUUCCAUUAGUCGAAAUAAAUUUUUCAAUAUCUUCUCGAGAGACAAAACUUAUGAACAAUCCCUUGAAAAAUUUGAAGAUUUUGUAAUACCAAAUUGAAUGAAAUUAAAAUGCAAGAGAAGCUAAAUGAUGUAACUGAAUUCUUUUUCUUAUUUUUCUCCUAGAUGAACUUUCAUUUAAUGAUAAUUUGCCUCUCACAAUAAUUUGAAAAAUUUGAAGUUAUCUUAGCUAAAUAGAAACUUAAGUAUGAUAAUAAAUGAAAUGAAUUUCAAAAGUAUCUAAAGGAUCAAGUUUUUAUCAUGAAAACUUUCAUUUCAUUGAAUGCAUAAAGAAAAUGAAUUUGAGUAGAAUAUUUACUCCUAGUUGUGUGAUUAAUAAUACUGUAGAAGUUGAAGCGUGACCCAAGGCCAUAUGACAACUGCCAUUCGGUGUUUGUUAAUUAGGUGGUGUCACGAUAAUUACUUAUUAGACAUUUCAUAUCCAACGAGACAUAAAAAAUAUUUACUUUUACACCAUCAUAAAGAAAUUAUUUAAAGCUUUGCAAAAGCCAAAAACAUUUUCACAACCACAAAUCUUAUACAAAGAGAAUUUAAAACAUUUCCUUGAAAUUUGUUCUUAACGAUUCAUAUUAGAGGUCUGCCUGUGGUAUUCACAUUCAAAAAAGUUUGAUUCUUGCGCAUUUCCAUGUUGUUGAAGUUCAAUGACUUACAACAAAAGAUUUGGAAAACUCCAAUGUGGGUUUGUCACGUCACGAGAACGUACAUAAAACUUGAAGUUGUUUUAUUUGAAAUUUGAAAAUAAAGGAAAAGCCAAGAAUGGUAAAUGACCGACCGCAGCCAGCUUAUGACCUAGAAAAAAAUAUUCAUCAAGAUUUGCUUGUCUGGCAACACGCAACGCAACGCUUGUCAUGAGAACUGACAGAGAAAACAAAUCAAAUCUUUUUUGAAAUUGACAAUAGCGAAUCUGAGCGUUUAAUUGAAUUGUGUAACCACAAAGCGCAAUGACACGAUUUGAGUUUUUUUAUUUUCCUUCUUUGAUAGAUGAGAAAAAAGUCGUAAAUUGAAACGAAUUAGCGGAAAAUGUUUCCACAAUGAAAUGUCAAGCUUAAAUUGAUAUUUCAUUGUCGUAAAAUAGAAAUGUGAGAAUGUCUCUGAAACAUGACUGAAGCUACAAUUUAAUUUCUUUUUACUUUUUCUAAAUUUAUAAACAAUUUUUUUCUUUUCGUUUAAAAAUAGUUUCUUUGGGGAAAAAUGAAAAUAGAAUUUUGUUUUGAUAAUCGUGAGUAAAAAUAAAAGCGAGGAAAGCGUGAAAAUUGAGGAAAUCAAAUAAUUUUCCGAAAAUAAUCACUUAACAUACAAACACGAUGACUUUACGCUGUCAGCAGAUACAUUUUACAUACAAUUUUAUAGAGAGAAUGUUGAUCUCGCUUUCUAUUAACUAAGAUUAAUUAUCAAGAAUCUGGAAUUGUCAGAAAGUUCAUCGUCACACGAAAAAAAGUUAAACAUUCCCAAAAGCCAAACAGGAGAAACUUUUUCACCCAACGUUAUAAAAAUCUUGCAAAAAAGUAAUUCUUUUCAUACAUUGCAUAACUGAAAUUGAAAGUCAAUAAGUUUACAUUGAUCAGAUGAUAAAAAGUUGUGUAAUAAUUUUUUAAAUUUGAAAACAGGAAACAAAAUCAAAUUAAAGAUGAAGAAAUACAUAAAACUUUAUUAAUUUAAUUGUAUUAUUAUUGUUGCAUGUAAAAGUUAUAAAAAUUUUCUUUAAAAUGUGCUACAUAAAUAAAUAAAUAAAUAAAUAAAUAAAAAAUAAAUGCCCAGGAAAAUAAUAACCGAAAACAAAAAGUUACACAAAUCAAACAAAAAUAAAUAGAAGCAAGAAGAAGAGGAAAAUAAAGUCAGAGAA